AUGAGUGCAGAUCAAAGGAAGGAUUACUACGAACAAGCUUUGAUUCAAUGCUUCUCAAUGGCUUAUAGCUCUAAAUAUAUAAUCCAGAAUAACGAUCAACUUGACCUUGACUAUGAUAAAAUGCUUAAGAAUGCAUGGUAUAAAAUCUAUGGAAUUUUAUUUGGAGCAAGCGUCGGGAUCUACUAUCUCGAUCGAUAUAUAAAGCAGAGGCAUCAAAAAUACAUAACAUUCAAAAGGUUCACUGCAUUUGGACUUGGACUAUCAGCCUCAUGAAUAGUUAUAUCAAAAGCAGUUCGUUCUCAAUCAGAUUCAGAAUUAACUAUGAAAAUUGCUAAAAGAUAUGAAGACCAGCUGCAGUCCUUAUAUCCAGAAUUGAGAACACUUUAUGAUCAAACUUUUGCCCAGCCAUUACCAAUUAUCCCAGGCAAUCCACUGUGGGGGCAGCCAAGUUCUGGACAAAGUGGACAAUUUAAUGGAGCCUUUUUCCCACAAGGCGCGGGGAUGCCAGGGUUUCCGAAUCAAGGAGGACAAAACAGAUUCCCUGGUCCUGAUAGAAAAUUUUAG